CGGAGGAACACGCAGGUGCUCCUGUCGCUGCUGUGUGCACUCAGGAGUCUGAGCGUUUUCCAGAAAUGCAGCGUGCUUGCCGGGAGGGAUGUUGCACAGCCAGCGUGGCUCAGUUCCUCCCUUUUCAUCGGAAACCAAGGAAAACCCGGCCGUCAGAGGCGAGCCGUGUUUUUCACUUGGUGCUGGUGAUGGCAAGUUGAGUGAGCUGGAACUGGGCAAAAGGUCUGCUGACUUGGGUGACAACCUGUUGACUAGGCCUGGACAACCCGCGCUUGCACGAAUACCUCCACCUGUUUUGCCAAGACCAUCACAGCAAACAGGAAGCAGUAGUCUGAGCACUUUCAGGCCAGCGUACAGUAGCUCUUUUUCUCCAGGCUAUAGCUCGUAUGGAACCUCUUUUUAUGGAAGCUAUAGUCCUUACAGUUACGGAUAUGGUGGUUUGGGUUAUAAUCGCUUUCGUACAGAUGAUAUUCCUCCCAGCAGGUUUGUUCAGCAGGCUGAAGAGAGCAGCAGAGGUGCAUUUCAAUCCAUUGAAAGUAUUGUGCAUGCAUUUGCCUCGGUCAGCAUGAUGAUGGAUGCUACCUUUUCAGCUGUGUACAAUAGUUUCAGAGCUGUGUUGGAUGUAGCCAAUCACUUUUCCCGCCUCAAAGUACAUUUCACAAAGGUAUUUUCAGCUUUUGCUUUAGUGAGAACUAUAAGAUACCUCUAUCAACGUCUACAGCGAUUACUAGGUCUACGAAAGAGCUCUGAGAAUGAGGAUUUGUGGGCUGAGAGUGAGGGGACGGUGGCUCGUGCUGGUGUUGACGACAAGGCAGCUAGCUCUGCAAAAUCCUGGCCUAUUUUCUUGUUCUUUGCUGUUAUACUGGGAGGUCCCUAUCUGAUCUGGAAACUGCUUUCUACAUACAGUGACGAAGAAACAGUAUCUAGUAACUGGGCAAGUGGAGAAGAUGAUCAUGUAGUAGGAAGAGCAGAAUAUGACUUCAGUGCUCUUUCAGAAGAAGAAAUUUCUUUCCGUGCUGGUGACAUGCUAAGAUUGGCACCCAAAGAACAACAACCCAAAAUCCGUGGUUGGCUUUUGGCUAGUUAUGAUGGUCAAACAACAGGACUUGUACCAGCUAAUUACAUCAAAAUACUGGGCAGAAGAAGAGGUAGGAAAACGGUGGACCUGGAAAGGUUUGCAGAGCAACAGUCAGUCUUUAACACAUCUGUUAAAGGAUCCACUGCUACUGUGACUCUAGAAGAGCAGGAAGCUGCUUUUGAUUCUGUUUUUGAUGGAACUAAUAAAGUUCCUGUUGCAUCUGAUUCCACUGUGAUUGGUGGAGAGAAACAGGAACUCUAAUGCACUUUGAUCAGCUCAGUAAUAGAACAAUGUUUUAUCGAUAAAACUUUGGGUAUGUUGAAAAUCUGUGUGGUAGUGGAACACUGAUGGACCUGUACCAGUUACUGCUGCUACUGACUGGUGAAGGGAUGGAGAAAUGAUUCGCUCAAAUUUAUAUUUAUUUUUGAUUCACCUAAGGCUGUACAUCAGUGGCUGUAUCCACUCACCUGACAGCAAUUAUAAGAUCUUGAGCCAAGGAGUACUGAGGCAUUUGUAACAAAACAAAUAAGAGAGAUUGGCAGCAUGUUCUUACUAAGUGGACAGACUGUUAAUGAAAUCCGGAAUUAACAUCCGGUCUUCGUCAGAAUGUCAGGCCUCUUCAAAAGAUAUGCAAAGGUAAAAUCGAUUUCUGUAAGAGAUCUUCCAAAACUGAAGGUUGAGGACCCUAAAAUAUUAAUUGUACAUUUUUCCCCUCAAAAAGAGGAAGAAUUUUAAGAGAUUUAGGUGACACAGUCAAAUCAUUAAAAGCUCUCAGUUGCUUGCUUUGGUAAGAAGUAGAGCUUCUGUUAAGAAGACCCUAACUCUUUUAUUAAAAAAGUCUCCGUCUUCUUUUGAGAAAGAAGAAGGCCUGGAGAAAAGUUCAAAUUACAGAAGAAAAGCAGGGAAGCAUCAACAGUAGGUCUAACCAUCUUCUAUUAAAAGAGCAUUAGAAUAAAGUGCAUCCUCUAGUCAAGCACUUUCCAGGGCACUUACUAAUUGUUACUUCUUUUUGUGACUACCUUUGUAAACUAACUUUGCAUCAUUCUAGCCAUGAGUUAUAGCCUGUUAUCUGCCCAUCAAUAGCCUACCAACUACCAUCUGCAUGUCAUUUUUCUGCUGUUAUCUGUUUUCUUCAUGAACAUCAAAAGAUCUAGCUUGCAUUUUAGUGCAGCAGGAAUGCAUUGAAAUGGUGACUUUGAAUGCCAUUCAGGGGCAAAGAAAUAAAGUUCCUGGUUUAAUUAUCUCAGCUAAGUUCUUGGGGUUAACUCUUUAUGCUGCCUUUCAGGUGGUAAAUUUUGUAUCUGCCUAUAAAAUUUGAUGGUUCUGGUGUAUCAAAAGCCAUAAAAGCAUCAAGACUGUUCAAAGUAUUUUGUGUUUUCUUCAUACUGGUAUUUCUGAGUUCUGUAUUGGAAUACUGUUUUUAGUGAAGCAACAGUAUUUAAAACAUUUUCCUUAUAGAAUGUGUAUAACAUGUUGAGCUUCUGAGAGUUAAAGCAAUGAAUAAAAUAACUAAAGCUUA